AUGGGGCGGCGUGAUUUCUUCACAAAUUUACAAUCAGAUAUUACGAUCGACAUCCUCUCUCGACUCCCUCUCGAAAGUAUUUCAAUCAGCAAAUGCGUUUGCAAAUCAUGGCUCACUCUUCUCAAUUCCAACGAUUUCAAAGUAAAAACCCCACCCGCCCUAGUUUGCUUGAAGUCGGUGGGGACAAACCAAACUCAGUGCACGAUUUUUGAAAUUUUAGACGAAGAAGAAGAAGAAGCCGAUUUGGAUAGCCACGAGUUUCACUACAUUACGCGCACAGAUUUCGAUACCCCUCACACAAUCAAAGCUAAUGGAUUGCUUCUUCUAUACCCACACGCAGAUGAUCCUGAAAUUUCUGUUUACAUAUGCAAUCCGAUCACUCGUGAAUAUAUCAGCCUCUGCCCUCCUGAGGGAUAUAAUUGCUUGUCGUGUUUUCAAUUUUGUGCGAGCAGAGUAAGUAGACAAUAUAAGGUGGUCUAUCUCGGUCUAACCCUUGAAUCCGACUCUUUUCAAGUAUACACCCUCGGAAUAGGAAUAUGGAGGCCCAUUGAAACCGGCGUUGCUUCUGGUUUCAGAUUCAAUUCCGAUGAACAUGUUGUAUGCAAUGGCAACCUCCAUUGGAUAGUAGAUGGUUUGGAUCAACCCUCCAUUCGAAUUUGUGGGUUUGAUGCUGAAACAGAACGUUUUAGCAUCUUCUCCGCCCCUCCAACUCUUCCUAUGGAUGGAGUUGUGGAAUUGAAUGUCAAGUUGACUGCUUUUAGGGACUGCCUGUGUAUUUGUUACGCACAAAAUUACUCUGAAAUUGUCAUUUGGUUGAUGAAAGAAUACCAUGUUGAGGAAUCUUGGACCAUAGAAUACAAGUUGAGUAUUACUUUUGAUGUGGAUUGGUGGGUUAAUAUGUCUGUUUAUCCUAUCAAAGUUUUCAGAGAUGGCGACGUUAUGAUGUUAAUGAACAGACAUCAACUCAUCUACUACUUUAACAAGACGAGAACCAGUCAACAAGUAGGUAUGUUUAGUGAUGAUGCGAGUGCAAGGUAUUACUUUACCUUUGCCAUGAUUUUCACUCCUAGCCUUUUCUCACUAAGAGUUUCAUAUUUGAGAAUGUGA